AUGAGGACGCCGUCAGCAUCGCCAUGGCCGUGCUGAUCGUGGUCACUGUCGCCUUCAUCCAGCAUAAGAGAAGGGAAACUCCAGCACCUGCUCGCCCGAGACCUGGUUCCCGGAGACAUCGUGUCUCUCUCAAUCGGAGACCGGAUCCCUGCAGACAUUCGUCUCACUGAGGUCACAGACCUCCUGGUGGACGAGUCCAGUUUCACAGGAGAAGCUGAGCCAUGCAGUAAGACGGACACCCCGCUGACAGGCGAGGGGGACCUCACCGCCCUGAGAAACAUCGUCUUCAUGGGCACCCUGGUCCAGUACGGGAAGGGGCAGGGAGUCGUGAUCGGAACAGGGGAAAGGUCUCAGUUCGGAGAAGUGUUUAAGAUGAUGCGGGCUGAAGAGACACCCAAAACUCCUCUACAAAAAAGCAUGGACAAUCUGGGGAAACAACUGACGCUGUUCUCGUUCUGCGUAAUUGGCGUAAUCAUUCUCACUGGCUGGCUGCAAGGGAAGCACCUGCUCAGCAUGUUCACGAUUGGGGUCAGCCUGGCUGUGGCCGCCAUUCCAGAGGGCCUGCCCAUCGUGGUCAUGGUUACGCUGGUCCUGGGAGUGCUGCGGAUGGCCAAGAAGCAGGUCAUUGUGAAGAAGCUGCCGAUCGUGGAGACCUUAGGUUGCUGCAAUGUUAUCUGUUCCGAUAAGACGGGGACUCUGACCGCCAAUGAAAUGACCGUCAGCCAACUCGUAACGUCUGAUGGGCUCCAUGCCAAGGUCAGCGGAGUUGGAUAUAAUGGCCAAGGGGAGGUCUGUCUUUUACCGUCCAAGGAAGUCAUUAAGGAGUUUUCCAACGUCUCCGUGGGGAAAUUGGUGGAGGCAGGCUGUGUCGCCAACAACGCUAUCAUCAGGAAAAACACCGUGAUGGGACAGCCCACAGAAGGUGCCUUGAUCGCCCUGGCAAUGAAGAUGGACUUGAGUGAUAUUAAAGAUUCCUACGUGAGAAAAAAAGAGCUCCCGUUCAGUUCAGAGCAGAAGUGGAUGGCAGUGAAAUGCAGCCCCAAGAAUGAGGAGCAGGAAGACAUUUACUUCAUGAAGGGGGCCUUUGAAGAAGUGAUUCGUUACUGUACUAUGUACAACAACGGGGGCAUCCCCCUGCCACUGACACCCCAACAGAGAGCCUUCUGCCAGCAGGAAGAGAAGAAAAUGGGGUCCCUUGGCCUGCGGGUGCUGGCCAUGGCUUCUGGGCCCGAGCUGGGACAGCUGACAUUUCUGGGCCUCGUUGGAAUCAUCGAUCCCCCGAGGGCUGGCGUGAAGGAAGCCGUGCAGGUUCUCUGCGAGUCUGGCGUGUCCGUGAAAAUGAUAACGGGGGAUGCCCUGGAGACGGCCUUGGCGAUAGGAAGGAACAUUGGCCUGUGCAACGGGAAGCUGAGCGCCAUGUCCGGGGAGGAGGUGGAAAGUAUGGAGCAGAGCAAGCUGGCUGACCACGCCAGGAAGGUAUCUGUCUUCUUCAGGACCAGCCCGAAGCACAAACUCAAAAUCAUAAAGGCUUUGCAGGAGUCAGGGGCGAUCGUGGCCAUGACGGGGGAUGGGGUGAACGACGCGGUGGCCCUGAAGGCAGCGGACAUUGGAAUCGCCAUGGGGCAGACGGGGACAGAUGUCAGCAAAGAGGCUGCCAACAUGAUCCUGGUGGACGAUGACUUCUCAGCCAUCAUGAAUGCAGUGGAGGAAGGCAAGGGGAUUUUCCAUAACAUCAAAAACUUUGUCCGAUUUCAGCUGAGCACGAGCAUCUCGGCCUUGAGCCUCAUCACUCUGUCCACCAUGUGCAACCUGCCCAACCCCCUCAACGCCAUGCAGAUCCUGUGGAUCAACAUCAUCAUGGACGGGCCGCCAGCGCAAAGCUUGGGGGUAGAGCCGGUGGACAAAGACACUCUCCGGCAGCCGCCAAGGAACAUCAAGGACAUGAUCCUCAGCAGAGCACUCAUCCUUAAGAUCCUCCUGUCGGCUUCUGUCAUCAUCAGUGGGACCCUCUUCAUCUUCUGGAAAGAGAUCCCCGAAGACAGGGCAAGCACCCCACGUACCACAACCAUGACUUUCACCUGUUUUGUGUUCUUUGACCUCUUCAAUGCCCUGACUUGUCGCUCUCAGACCAAGUUAAUAUUCGAGAUCGGCUUCCUCCGGAACCACAUGUUCCUGUACUCGGUGCUGGGGUCAAUCCUGGGGCAGCUGGCCGUGAUUUACGUCCCGCCCCUGCAGAGGGUCUUCCAGACGGAGAACCUCGGAGCACUCGAUUUGUUGCUUUUAACCGGACUGGCCUCAUCCGUGUUCAUUUUCUCAGAACUCCUCAAACUAUGUGAAAAAUUCUGCUCCAGAGCCCGGAAAGCCCAAACUCAUCAUGAAGAUGUACAGUGGACCCUGACCAGUGUAAAAUCCCCUAAAUAAGCUAUAUUUUUAUAACUGCGGCCCCUCCCCGGCCCCUCUUCAGAGGCUGUUUUUAGGUCACUCACAGGCCUUCCUGGGAAGCCAGCAGGAAGCGCAGGCCCAGGCUCGCAACCGCACGUUCUCGCCCUCGGGGCUCUGGGCCAGACUGAGGAGCCUGUACAGAAACACCUCGCUAUUUAUUAAAUCGCAAUGA